GAAAUCUGAGGGAAACGUGAGCUGUAACCUGGAUGGAUUGCCAAAUAAGCAAAGCAGGCACCAGACCUCCUGGUGCCCCAAAUUGCUUCAAACUAAUUUAACAGUGAAAAACAAGAGUACUGGUCGGGUUCCAGUGUCUCUGGGCUGCCAGUCUACUGUGUGCCUUGUGCUUAAUCGGAUCUUGGAGGAGACACCCGAGGCACAUACACCCUUUACUGACUCCACACACAAAGCAUAUUGUGUGGAGUCAGUAUCGGGGUCAAACGACAAAUUCGCAGGACCCCAUAAUCCAUAAACCCGGUCAUGCUUUGAGAUUGAGGAAUGGAGUAACAACUAUUUUCAGUGUUGGCCGAAGUUCUCUUGCUUUAACUUUUGUAAAGUACCAAUACAACAAAAUGAAAAUACUUCAUUAUAACUGAUGAAGUAAAUUGAGUAAAAGUAGAUGUUUUCAGCAAAAUGUACUUAAAAUAUCUCAAAAGUACUCGUGCAUAACAUGUCCAAUGUGGCUAACUUUAUACUGUUUCGUAAUUAUCAAUUCUAAGUAGGAGUAAGUAUGAUUUUACUGUGGUAAGUGGUCGGUGUGGAGCUAGUUUUAACUAUUUUAAUAUAGCCGACAGUUUUGUGGCCUUGAGUAGUUAGUGAACUGAAACCAGAUGAGAGGUUUAGAGAGGAUGUGCGUCUUUCUUGCAGCUGAGCGACUCGGAGAUCUGAAAUGUGACGAGGAGCCCCAACUGGACACUGCUUAAUGAAAAGGGUCAUAAAGGGGUCCGAACACUUUUUCUAAUGCAAAUCUUAGUCAAAAGGGCAACAAGGCCUACAAAUGUAAACGUAGCUUAGUAGAGUAAAAAGAGCAAUUUCCCUCUAAAUUGUAGUGCAGUAGAAAUACAAUGUAGCACUCAGUGUUACAAAAAGGACCCAGAAGUCAUAUAUUUCAGUAAAAGUACAGAUAUGUCAAAGUAUUACGUUGGCAAAGGUUAAAGUCACCCUACUACUUGAGUAAACGUCUUAAAAUCUGAAAUAUUUGAUGUACUUCUAUCCAAAUUAGCUAUAAACAGAAGUAAAUAAUACAUAUAUUUACAUGUUUACUGUAUACUAUGGGUCGACCUUUUACUGGCCUGGACGAUUAACGGAAAAAUACAAAUGAUCUUUAAAAUCCUCUGAUGCAGCACGCACUCUGCAAAGUAACUGGUAACCAAUGUUAUCAAAUAAAUUUAGUGGAGUAAAUAUUACAAUAUUUGUCCCUGAAAUGUUGUGGAGAAGAAGUAUAAAGCAACAGAAAAUGAAAAUACUUAAAAGGUAACUUCACCAAUUUUUCUCAUUAAAGUAAUUUUACAUGCCUUGGGGAGUUCUACUUCGUAUGUGUAAAAAGUAGUAAAAAGCCUUGUGUGACUUAAGACUGAAGCUGAUGUGAUCUGAUAAAGCACCCCCUGUCACUCAGUGGCCAAGUUGCAUUGUGGGUAAUGUUGGCACUGAGUCCACUGAUCUACUCUGCACUCCUCUAAUCCCGUUCGACUACUCGUUAUGGACAGUUUAAAAACAAAUAACCAAACUUGAUAUAGCAGAGCCACAGAUACCCCCUCCUUUAUUAAGCACAUUCUUCUUCCAUGUCCAAACAUGGGCGUCAGUAUCACCCACAAUGCAACUUGGCCACUGAGUGAUAUCACUGGAGGGAAUUUAUUUAAUCACACACAGCUUUUUGCUUUCCUCUGUUCUCCUCCUCUCUCUCCUCCACUUCUCAGAAGCCAUACUCCCUAAUCCACACUGAAACACUCACUACCUCUCACACACAUAUCCAAACACAUUCAAUUCACUCUCUCUCUCUCUCUCUCUCUCUCUCUCUCUCACACACACACACACACACACACACGCAUGCACUACCUAUAAUCUCUAUUCUCUCCUUGUUUAAUUGUUUAUUGUCUGUAUUUCCUGAGCAUCUCUGACCAUUUUAUCUUCCUCCUUGCAGUUAAAUAUUGUGUCUUUCCUCUUUUCUUUUGUAAACUUUAUCACCAAUAAAUUAAAAAUGCAUGUAGCUCCCUCUGGAGCUAUUAAAGCCUCUAUACUACUUCUCUCGCAUAUGCGUGUAAUAUGUUCAUUUGGUGAAGUUACCCUUUAAGUAUUAGUACCAGAAAACUGCACUUAAGUAGUGUACUGGAGUAAAUGUACUUAGUUACAUUCCAUCACCUCGGGAAAAGUGGUCGAGCACGUGUUUUGUUUUGUUUUUUUGUUUUUUUUUUUCUUUUUUCAGGUGAAAUAAACAGGAGUGUCGUGAAUGACACGAAAUCCAGUAGGAUUGUCUUCAAGUGUCUCCACCUUUCUUGUCUCGCGCGGUGAGCAGGAGGAGUUCACGUACAAGCGCUGGGUGGCACACGCCCUCUACGUCACUGAGUCGGAGCCUCCGCCUGAAGACGGUCAGUCACUCCUCCUGACUUGAGUCCGUGCUGUGAGCGCUGUCUGCCGUCACCUCCCUGCUUCCGACCGUCCGUCCGCCGCUGCUCGGGGAGGGGGAAGCAUGUUCAUUACCUCGAUACGGAGUACUUCUCACCCUGUAGUCUACUGACGCCCUCCACCACAGAAUCACCUUUAAAAUGGACCAGCCGAACAUCAGCUGCCACUAUAAUGAGUCCAUGGCCUUCUUCUACAAGAACAUCGGAGCUAAAGAUAAAUGGGACAAAACGCAGCUCAUCCUGGUGCAGGUGGUGGGCUCUCUCUUCUGCUGUUUCAUCCUCGUCUCUAAUGCCAUGGUCAUAGCAGCUGUCAUCACCAACAAGAGGUUUCACUACCCUUUCUACUAUCUUCUCUCCAACCUCGCCGCCUCGGACUUCCUGGCUGGCAUCGCGUAUGUUUACCUCAUGUUCAACACGGGUGAGGUGUCGCAUAAACUCACAGUGAAGGGAUACUUCUUCCGUCAAGGUCUUCUGGACAUCAGUCUCUCGGCCUCGCUGGCCAACCUGCUGGUCAUAGCUCUGGAGCGCUACAUCUCUGUCAUGAACUGGAAAGUCCACAGCAACCUGACGAAGAGAAGGGUGACCCUGCUGAUCGUGCUGGUGUGGGCCAUCUCCAUCUUCAUGGGGGCUGUGCCGAGUCUGGGCUGGAACUGCAUCUGCAACCUGAGCGACUGCUCAGAGCUGGCUCCCAUCUUCAGCCGGAGCUACCUGAUCUUCUGGUCCGCGUCCAACCUGGUGGUGUUCCUGGUGAUGGUGGUUAUCUACAUGAGGAUCUACACCUACGUCAAGAAGAAGACGGCCGUUCUUACGCCGCAUACCAGCGGUUCUAUCAACCGCAAGAGGACGCCCAUCAAGCUCAUCAAGACAGUCAUGGUCGUGCUCGGGGCCUUUGUGAUCUGCUGGACACCCGGCCUGGUGGUUCUGCUGCUGGACGGCCUCCACUGCAUGAGCUGCAAUGUCGUGAAAUUAAAACGCUGGCUGCUGCUCCUGGCUGUGCUCAACUCCGUCAUGAACCCCUGCAUCUACUCCUACAAGGAUGAGGAAAUGUGGCAAACUUUCAAGAACCUCCUGCGCUGCAUCGGAAAUGGCACGCGGCGGCAGCGCUCGACGAAGGCCAAUGCCAGGCCACUCAGUUCUGGUCAGGACACUGGCAACAGUCAGCUUCCAUCAGAGGAGACAAAAAAGGAUGAUCAGGCCAUACUCAAGACCUGAAACCUGUUGACAGCACUUGUGUUCAGCUCUGACUGGAUGUGCCUUAUGAAAAUACAGACUUGAGUUGACUCGAAAGAGAAGGUACACCAUCAUCUCCAGUUGGCUUCAGGGGGUCGUGAAACUAAAAGUGCUUUAUUGAAGAGACACUACAAGCCAGCCGCUUCACUAGAGAGCUGGAAGUAAGAGACCUUCAUGCACUACUAAUUCCCCAAGUGGAGGCAAGAUUUUCAGGAUUUCACAGUUUUCUGGACUCCCAUUCGUGUGUAAAGUGGAAUCCCCGUUGCUCUUUUGGUCUUCCUCGUCACAUUCCUGUGGGUUAUUUAAACUUGGAUAGAACUGCUCUCCAAUGGCUGACGAAUCCAGUAUGAAGAAAAACAUACAUGUACUAUGGUACAUUUCUACUUCCAUCUGUAAAAACAGUUAAAAUGCAUACUUUUGAUACUUUCUCCCAAAUAUAAAGUUGUCUACAUCUGCACGAUCAUGUAAGUUUACGUCAUGUGUAGCUUUCGAGGAAGCAGCACUGUAAUGCAUGAUUUAGUCAAGAAAUGUAAGAGUCAGGUACUGUAAAACUGUACUUGUUUGGGUAGGGCACAGUUUUAAAGAUUAUUUCCUGUUUUUAAGCUAAGAAUACUGUAAACUGCUGUACUAUAUGUAUGCAUCAACUUGUACAUCCUGUAAGAUGCUCUCAGGAAGAGGUGAAGUAAUUUGUAACCUAGUUCACACCCUGUUCUCUCCUAUAAGGCAGGUUUGCCUCCGGGCGAACAGAUAGCAGGAUCACUCCUUUCUUGUCCCUUCUGCUAUCGGUUCAUCUAAACAAACUGAUACAUUCUUGUCUGCAACCAAACUCGUUCUCCCUGUAGCCUUUUAACACGUCUGCUUCAACUCAUCAAAUGGCUGCUGACGCUGUGACGAAACAGCUGUUCACCUGACAGUGCAGGGCUUUAAAAAACUGAUUGCGACACACUGGAUUCCUGCAGGAACCGAAGAGGAUAUGACUGAAUAGACUGUAACUCUGGCAAAUAGACACACACACACACACACACACACACACACACACACACACACACACACACACACACACACACACACACACACACACACACACACACAACUUCAUUGCUAAAUCAUUGACAGGGUUCAAACUGCUGUACAGUAUUUAUAUUACUCCUGCUGUAAAGUACAUUAUGUCUUCAAAGCUGUUUUGUUUUUAUCUUGGGAGUGUCAGAAUGCCACAUAUGAGUGGUGGUGUAUUGUUGUUGUUUUUUUCAUUAAAAUGAGAUUAUUCAUUGACAUUCAUGUGUGGCAUGCCUUUGGACUUUAAAAAUCAUAAAAAUGAACUGUUUUUAAUUAA